AUGGGCCUCCAGAACCUCUUCGUCAACGAAAAGCGACUCCGGAAGAGAGAUAAGUUGAAGUAUGCCGAAAAGAAGUGCUACAGCGGCAUUGUUAAAUGCUCUCGCAAAAAUAUCUCCCCACUUCAUAAAAAAUCUUCCAUCGAUGGUAACGGCAAAAAGUGGUUACUCACGUGGUUACUCAACAACGGCGGAAGUCUACAACCUUAUGAACCAGCAAGUCUGCCACGCACUCAGAACAAAAGAGGGCCACUUUCGAGCUCGCCACGUAUCAUCUCGCAAAGUUACAUCCCGCAAAGAAGGUUCUGGUAUCAAUCCUCAAAUGAAUCCGUCGCUUUGUCCAAUACGAAAUUCGUCAAUUGCACACUUGAAUUGUGCGAACUAAGUAACUGUCACCUAACCGGCUGCUUGGUGACAAACUGCAAAGCCAUCGAUUCAGAAUUCUCUGAUAGUCUCAUCUCAUGGCACCAACUGGAGAAACACGAAGAGUGGUUCUUUGAAAACUGCGAAUUCUCGAACUGUCUGUUGGAAAACGCUUUGGUCAAGGAUUCGGAACUCCACAGAAGCACCAUCGAACUUGCAUCAACCUACUUCGCCAGCACAGGUAGAUUUCUGUAUAACCCGACUUGGUAUAUCCGUCGAAGUUAUCUUCAGGGCUGUACGAUGCACGCUUGCAAGCUUAGCCGAGCCGCAGUGGCCGACUCGCAACUUCUAGAUGGCUGUGAAUUAGAGUUUGUAAUGGUAGCAAGAUGCAACGUGGGUCCUGCGCUGGUCAGUCAGAGCACAUACAUUGAAUCGACAGCUAUCUAUUGCAGACUUAUCAAGACGACGAUGCAGAAAUGCUUGCACUUCGAGAAUAGAUACAGUGAUUGUAAAAUCGAGGAGUCACUCUCGUUCCUGCGUCGCUUGCCUCAAGAAAUUAGGAUUAUGAUUUAUAGAUAUUCAAUCGACGACCCUCCAUAUCCAUAUCUGGAACUAACAGCAAGGAUCCAUUACCCCAAACUUAGAAACUUGAUUGUGGCCUUGAGAGGGGAUCAAGAACUAUAUCACGAAGUGUUGGAAGUACGAGACCGGUGGAGCUAUUUCGAACACCGAGCGGAACACCAGGACUUCCUAUUUGGAUGCAGGUGGGGGAACGACCCAUUGUCUCAAAAAUCAUGGCGCUCUCUUCAGAAGUUGAUCUUACAGUAAGUAUGAUUAUCUUUCCGGUUCAAAAGCAUCCCCGCGCCCUAAUAACAAUACAGAUUCUCCCUUCAAAGAAACAUGUCCCAGAUAACACCCGGAAUCCCCCCACCAGAGAUCCAAUUUAUCCGCCGCCCCCUCGCACUAAAGUACCUCUCUCUCGAACUCCAAGACUCAAGCUUCCCACGGGUCUACAAAGGACUUCCCGGGACCAUCAAUCUACUAUCCAGCAUCCAAUCACUUAUCCAGAUAUCCAUCAUGUUCUAUCCGAGGAUUCGUGAUAUCAAGACAAAUCUUUCACAUCCAUAUGCAGACGAGAACUUCCGUAAUUUUCGGGACGUGGCCUAUGAUGGAUGCAUGAGUUUCCAUGGGCCACAGUGGAUGCCGGAUUGGCUUCGAAGGGUGCUUCACGCGUUGGAUAAGUUUUUGGGGGUCAAGUCGUAUCCGGAGGGAUGGCCGGGGAAAUUUGGCUGUAGAUGGGUAUGGCAGGCGAAGAAAGGCGAGACGUUGAAGAUGACUCAAGCUCUGGACGAUUUUUGAAGGCCGAGGCACUUACAGUAAUGAUUCGGUGUUGACACGCCAUACUCUGUUAUGUCGAGCUUUAGCGGUAGAAGGUAUGUAGCAUCAAAUGGGAAAGCUUGCUGUCUACUGGUGUAUGGCUCGGAACAGCCCCGAGCAGGCAGUGAU